AUGUCAUUAGCUGCUUUGUUGAACGAUGAUGACGGUACUAUUGUAUCCAGACCAAAUAGAAACGCUAAAAUAGAAAAUAUCAUCAACUCUGACGAUGCCAAGACUGACCAACAAGUUAUUACAAAUAUUCAACCUAUAGAUAAUGAGAGUUAUGAUAAAAAAUCGAGGUUUUUAAAUAAAUUAAACAAAAAUUUCAAGAAGCUAAAUAAGUUAGAUGAUGUUGAGAUGAAUUCACAAAAUUGGAACUUUUUAAAUUUGCAAGAAUUCGAGUUGAUAAUGGAAUGGCAAUUACAAUCAAAGGAUUGGAAUUCAAAUGAAGAAAAUAUGAAUAAUUUAUUAAAAGAAAUGAAAUUUAUUAAAAAUGAGUGGAAAAAUUAUAACAAAUAUUUAGUAGCAGCUGCAACAAAUGCAUCACAUCUACUAGAGGAUAAACAACAAUCGAAAAAAACUGCUAAGAAUGAGAAAAUUACAAAUGGUAAAAAUUCACUAGUAGCAUCGAAAAGUAAUAAGAGAACAAGAACUGAAAGUGAUGCAAAUGAUCUCGUCAACGAUUUAACAAUUGAUGAUGUCGAAAAUAAUGUUAACGAAAAAGAUACUGAAGUCUCAGGUAUUCUAGAUAUGGAAAACAAUUCUGCUGAUGAAGAUCAAGAAAAGGAGGAAGAUCUAGAGAAUGAGGACGGUAUCGCAGACGAGGAGGACGAGGAAGACGAGGAGGACGACGAGUUUGAGGAAGAUAGAGAAGGCUCUUCAGCACCAAAAGGCACCGCUGGUAAAUUAGUCACAAUACACAGUGAUGCGUCCAAAAUAGUCAAAGAGCUAAUAAAAAUGUGCAAUAGAAGCAAAAUAAAUAAAGUAAGAAAGAGAAGAUUCACAAAUGCAUCUAUCAUAGACUACGUCUCUAACACAUCAGCAAAAACUUCCAAGAAAACUCCUAAAUUGGUGUUAAAAAUUACAUUAAAACAAUACCAUGUAAAAAAAUUGAAAAGAUUAAUCAACGAAGCAAAAAGAUUAAAGGAAUUGGAAUUAAAACAAAAGGAACAAGAAGAAAAGGAGAAAUUGAAGGAACUGGAAGCUAAGGAAACCCACGAACAAGCUAAUAAAAAGAGAAAACUAAACCCAAAUGACAGUAAUGAAAGUGAUGAUAAUGAAGACACCGCUACAAAAAAUAACGUACUUGUGAAUAAACACGGUUUGCAUACUUACGGAAUGGAUAUGACAAUAAAAGAAGCCAAAUCCAUUAAAAGACAUUACGAUAAUACAUUAUUCACCAUUUGGAAAGAUUUGGCACGUAAGGAUUCAUCCAAACUUUCCAGACUUGUCAUUCAACUACAGUCAUCCAGAUCGACUAAUAUUAAAAAGACUUCAUCUCUUUGCGCUAGAGAAGCUAAAAAAUGGCAGCAAAGAAACUUCAAACAGGUGAAGGAUCUACAAACUAAAGCAAGAAGAGGUAUUAGAGAAAUGUCAAGUUUCUGGAAAAAGAAUGAGAGAGAAGAAAGAGAUUUAAAGAAGAAAGCUGAAAAGGUUGCUAUUGAAAAUGCAAGAAAAGAGGAAGAAGUAAGAGAAAAUAAGAGACAGGCCAAAAAAUUAAAUUUCUUGUUAACACAAACAGAGUUGUAUUCACACUUCAUUGGAUCAAAGAUUAAAACAGAUGAACUAGAAGGUAAUAUGAAAGAUGAUAGAUUUAAUGGAACAGGGAAAAAUUCCAGUAUCGAUCUAGAUUCUACAGAAGCCGGUCAAAAUGAUUUUAGAACAAUCGACUUCGAUAAUGAGGAUGAUGAACAGUUAAGAUUGAAAGCAGCUCAAAAUGCAUCAAACGUUUUACAGAAAACAAGAGAAAAAACGAAACAGUUCGAUAACGAGACUUCUAAUGGUGAAGAAUUGAAUUUUCAAAAUCCAACUUCAUUGGGUGAUAUAACAAUUGAGCAACCAGACCUAUUAGCUUGCACAUUGAAGGAAUAUCAAUUGAAGGGUUUGAAUUGGUUAGCUAACUUAUAUGACCAGGGUAUUAAUGGUAUACUAGCUGAUGAAAUGGGUUUAGGUAAAACUGUUCAAUCUAUAUCGGUGCUGGCACAUUUGGCUGAAAAGCAUAAUAUUUGGGGUCCAUUCCUAGUUGUAACACCAGCAUCCACUCUGCAUAAUUGGGUAAAUGAAAUAUCCAAAUUUGUACCACAAUUUAAAAUCUUACCUUAUUGGGGUAAUUCUAAUGAUCGUAAAAUUUUAAGACGUUUUUGGGAUAGAAAAAAUUUAAGAUACACGAAGGACUCACCAUUUCAUGUCAUGAUCACAUCAUAUCAAAUGGUCGUCUCUGAUUCAAUUUAUAUUCAGAAAAUGAAAUGGCAAUAUAUGAUCCUUGAUGAAGCUCAAGCCAUUAAAUCCUCACAAUCUUCCCGUUGGAAAAAUUUGUUAAAUUUCUAUUGUCGUAACAGAUUAUUAUUAACUGGUACACCUAUCCAAAAUAAUAUGCAAGAAUUGUGGGCAUUGUUACAUUUCAUUAUGCCAUCUUUAUUUGAUUCUCAUGAUGAAUUCAAUGAUUGGUUUUCAAAAGAUAUCGAGUCACAUGCAGAAGCUAAUACUCAGUUAAACCAACAGCAAUUACGUCGUUUACAUAUGAUUUUAAAGCCAUUUAUGUUAAGACGUGUAAAGAAAAAUGUGCAAUCAGAAUUAGGUGAGAAGAUUGAAAUCGAUGUUAUGUGUGACUUAACCCAAAGACAAGCUAAGUUAUACCAAAUUUUGAAAUCUCAAAUGUCUUCAUCAUAUAAUGCCAUAGAAAAUGCAGCUGGUGCAGAAGAAUCGGGUUCAGACCAAAAUAUGAUUAAUGCUGUCAUGCAGUUCAGAAAAGUCUGUAAUCACCCAGAUUUAUUUGAAAGAUACGAUAUCGACUCUCCUUUUUCAUUUUCAAUUUUUGGUAAAACUAGUUCAUUAUCAAAGAUCGGAGAUGUGGUAGAUGUAAUGUAUUCUACUAAAAAUCCAAUAAAUUUCUAUCUACCAAGAUUGAUUUAUGAUGAACUUAUUGUUGCGAGUUACAAUAAUGAUUUGGAUGUUAGGAAUAAAUUGUUAAAUUAUACGAUGAAUAUAUUCAAUAACGCUAUUAAUAGCGAAUUAUGCCAAUAUUUAUCAAGAUUGUUGGGAAUUACAACUAAUGAUAUUCAGCGUAUCGUUUACAAAAACAUCAUAAAUAAUGCCAUAUUAUCAAAUUUAGAUCCAAAUGAAUUUUUAGAGAAAUUAUCUGUUUACAACGAUUCAGAAGGUAACUAUUUAGAAAAUAAGUUUGAACAGAGCUUAAGGAUAAUUGACAAAUCGAGACAACUAGAUUGUCUAAAGAGAACUACCACAGGGGGUGUUCUUGAUGCUUUGAUGAAUAUUCAAGAAAAAGUAUACGAGGAGAAUUAUUUUAACUCUAUGCAGCGUGGUUAUCGUCCGAAUGCCUCUGCUACCCCAGUUUUAAUCCAAGUAUUAGGUAGUAACAAUGCUGCUGCGAAGCAAAAACGAGAAUUAUUUGACCCAGUAUUUUCACAAGCUUUUGCUGAUAUUCCUCCUAUUACUCAAUAUCGUAUGUUAACAGAGAAUAAAAUUCCAAUUGAAGAAUUCCCAGUGACGGGUUUAUAUCCUGAACCUUUGAAUAAAAAAUUCUCUUCAUAUAUUUCAAUGCCUUCCAUGGACAGAUUUAUUACAGAAUCUGCUAAAUUAAAGAAAUUAGAUGAACUAUUGGUGAAUUUAAAGAAGGGGGAUCACCGUGUAUUAAUAUAUUUUCAAAUGACAAAAAUGAUGGAUUUAAUGGAGGAAUAUUUAAUAUACCGCCAGUACAACCAUAUUCGUUUGGAUGGUUCAUCUAAAUUAGAGGAUCGUCGUGACUUAGUACACGAUUGGCAAACUAGGCCUGAGAUUUUUAUAUUCUUGCUAAGUACUAGAGCUGGUGGUUUAGGUAUCAAUUUGACAGCAGCUGAUACGGUUAUCUUUUACGAUUCAGAUUGGAAUCCAACUAUUGAUUCUCAAGCUAUGGAUAGAGCUCAUAGGUUGGGUCAGACCAGACAAGUGACUGUUUAUAGAUUACUAGUUCGUGAUACAAUUGAAGAGAGAAUGAGAGACAGGGCAAAACAAAAAGAGCAUGUGCAACAAGUUGUUAUGGAAGGUAAAACGAAAGAGAACACUGUCAAAACUAUAGAGGCUACAAGUGAACCUUUACAUAUUAAUUAG